AUGGCGGAGAGCAGCUCUCUGCAGUUGCGCCUGCCGCACUCACUGCUGGCCGGCUUCCCCGUCUGCCCCAAGCUGGCCACUGAGUUUGCUGCGCCUCACCACUGCCUCUUCCGCUGGUUCUGCGAGCGGCCGCCCGGCGCCAACGGGGCCCAGCCCGCCUGGGUGGACGUCGAGGGCGGCGACCAGCAGGUCUUUGUGCCCGGCAAUGCUCACGUGGGGCAGCGCCUCAAGCUGCACUGCACGCCCUGUGAUGGGCUGCAGCGCUAUGGUGUCCCCCGCGAGGUUGAGAGCGUGGGGUCUGUGGAGGCGGGGCCUGGCGCCUGCACUUUUGAUGCGCGACACCUGUACACACGGCGGUUGGCGCCCACUGGGACCCUCCGCGCUGUGUCUUACAACGUGCUGGCUGACACCUACGCGCAGACCGAGUUCUCGCGCACCGUGCUCUUCCCCUACUGUGCUCCUUACGCCCUGGAGCUCGACUACCGCCAGAGCCUACUGCACAAGGAGCUGGCUGGCUAUCAUGCUGACCUCGUGUGCCUGCAGGAGGUGGACCAAGCCGUCUUCACAGACAGCUUGGGGCCAGCCCUGGAGGCUUUCGGCCUCAAGGGGCUCUUCAAGAUCAAGGAGAAGCAACACGAAGGCCUUGCCACCUUCUACCGCCAGGACAAGCUCCAACUGCUGAGCCAGCAUGACCUCACCUUUAGUCAGGCCCUGCAGGAGGACCCGCUGCACCAGGAUCUGCAGGACAAGCUGGCCACCUACCCCAUGGUGCAGGAGAAGGUGCUGCAGAGGUCCACUGUGCUGCAGGUUUCAGUUCUUCAGUCUACAAAUGAGCCUUCCAGGAAGAUUUGCGUAGCCAACACUCACUUGUACUGGCAUCCAACAGGUGGAAACAUUCGUCUCAUCCAAGCUGCUGUAGCCUUAUCUCACAUUAGGCACAUAGCAUGUGAGCUGUAUCCUGGUAUACCAAUCAUAUUCUGUGGGGAUUUUAACAGUACCCCAUCAAGUGGACUGUAUCGUUUUGUUAGCAGCGGCAAUAUUGAUGAAAAUCAUGAAGAUUGGGUUUCUAAUGGCGAAGAAGAAAAGUGCAGUAUGUCUUUAACCCACCCUUUCAAACUACAAAGUGCUUGUGGAGAACCUGCAUAUACAAACUAUGUUGGUGGGUUUCACGGCUGCCUGGACUACAUUUUCAUUGAUGCACAUGCUCUAGAGGUAGAACAAGUAAUUCCAUUGCCAAGUCAUGAAGAAGUUACUACCCAUCAGGCCUUGCCAAGUGUUUCACAUCCUUCUGAUCAUAUAGCACUAAUAUGUGAUUUAAAGUGGAAGUAAAAUAGUACUGACAGCUCUUUCCCUGUCCUUUUAAGCAAGAAAUUAAUUUACUUUAGUGGAACUUGUACCAAGCUUGAAUGCAACAAAAAGAAAAGCGGGAGCAACUACUGGAAAGUUCACGUGCUUUAUCAGCUCCAAUAUAAACUCCUUGUUGAGCAUUUUGUCUGACUAGUCAUAACAUUUGCAUGACAACUUUUUAUAACUAGGAGCAAACAUUUAAGACAGGUGGGGGGAGGAAACAUUCAAGACAGAUUAGGUGGUGCUAUAUAAGAUGAUUUUUUGUGUAUUAAUUUUUUUUUAAAACCAUAAACUAGUCUGAUUUAUAAAGUACACAUAAAGCAAAUGGACAAUGCAGAACUAGUUGGGGAGGAGGGGGAAUAAGCAAAUGGCAUGAAUCCAAUUUGUUAUGCCCAUUGUCAUCACAAGACAUAGCUCCAUUUUCUAACAAAUCUAAAAUACAAAUAGCUUCAUUCAUUUGCCAUUCCUGAUGCAUCUUUCAAGCAAGUAGCCUGUUCAGUGCAUUUAUAUCCACUAGCACCUGACACGUUUUAAGCUAGUUACCAUCUGAACAGAGUUGUACAGAUAAAGAGCCAUCCAGCUUAAAUAUAAAAGUAAAAUUAAAAUUUUUAAAUGAAAAUGUUUUAACUUCCUCUGCUCAGUUCUUAGUGUGCCUGUAGUAACUGAAAAGUAGCUUUUUGAACUUCUAAAAAGUAUCUAGAUUUAAAAAAAAUCCCACCCAUUAUAACAAACCAAAAUCAAGUAUAAUGAAUAAACAAUGUUUUAUGUUUGAGCAGUUAGCCUUGAACACAGUUUCAGCAGGGAUAAGUCUCUAACCAUCUAACAUGCUAUUUUUUAACUGUAGAGAAGAUGAUCGGAAUUCAGAUAAUCUAUAUUUCCAAGCAGGGGAGGGAGUGGGUAGAGAGAGAAGAAAACAGUUAAUGAGAAGAGCUAGUUGUAGGUAUCAUGCUUUGAAGAGAAACAGGGACCUUGCAACAAAUUCAACUUCAGAAAAUUCUGCAUUUUGCUUCUUUGUGUAUCUUACAUAUAUAUUUGAUUUAGGACAGAGUCUAGUUCCCCCCCGCAUGCUUUUUUUUUUUAACUGGAGGACAUGUGGGGUGUUGGAAAAAAUGUAUAUUAUCAUGUUUGAAUUGGAAAGGUGGGUGUUAAAUCACUUAUGAAGGCUUCAUUCCUCUUACAAAGACAAAUUUUAAACAGUUUUCCUGAAGUUUUCUAUUCUAGUCAAUAAAUGUUCUUAUUAAUUCCUGUAAUUGACACUGGUAUCAUCUUACUGUUUCCUGUUAUUGGUGUACUCUGGGGAAAGAAGCCCCAAGUUUGUGUCUCUGUCUCUCACUCACACACACACACACACACACACACACACACACACACACACACACACACACACACACACACACACACACUCCUAUUCUAAAGAAGCAAAAAUAACACCUAUGCUGUUAAUGGUGCAAUAAAUGCAUUAAGAUAAACUUUCUGAGGCUACUACAAUUAAACUUAAAAAUUAAUAGAAAACACAUUGAUGCUCAGGCAAGGCGAUAUAAAAACAACUCUGCCCUUAUAUUUUCUUCAAGGAAAACUGAAAACUAGAAACUAAUUUUAUAUUCUCACACUGAAUUUAGCUAACUGCUGUACUGAUAGAACUUAGGGGUCUCUGAACACAAAUAUAAAUACACAGUACAUUCCUAUUCAGCCAGAAUUGAAGCUUAAACUAUCAACUGCUAACUAUGUGAAUAAAUGUUAAGUGUCAAAGUAAUCCUAUUGCCAUUCUCCUAGGCAUCAAACUGCCUUCUAGAGCAGGGGUUUUCAACCUUUUUGGAUCGGUGUACCCCUGGUGGUGGGGGGUUGACAACCCCCAGUUCUAGACUAAGCGGAUCUGUCCUGAGAGGAGAGUCUGAAGCUAUUAUCUGUAUGGUGGUGGAGAAAGAGCAGACUAGAAAAGCCUGGGAGGAGAAUCCUUCCAGGGCUAAGACCCCACUACAGCUACAAUUCCAUUUUGCUGAACACUGCCAACAUAGGGCAUUCCCUUUUAGGGCUAGUGCUAGUCUGGGGUGUAUAAAGCACAAAAGCAGAUAUUGUUAGAUCAGGCAGCUUUCAUGUUGUGCCUCUCGGGCCCAAUGAUGUCAGAAGAGACUUUACGAAACUCCUUAGCUGAAAAGAACAGAUUCUUUGCAGAGGGUUUAAGAUGGCAAGCUGGCAUUCACACCUAUGGGUUGGACCACAGAGGGAGGGUGGUGGGAAGUUAUGGGUUAAUGGUAAGAUUUUUACCAUUUACCAGGUUUUAAGUGAAAAUCCAUAUGUAAGGAAUCCCAUCAGAUUAAUAUAGCAACAAUGAAUGCAACAUGAAACUAUUAAGAUGAGCACAUAAUUGACUCAGGGGCGGGGGGGUGGUGUGGAAAUACAGUAAUUUUUCUUUUCUUUCAAUUCUUGCUAUUUUUACUUUUGUAUCUUGUUUAGACAAAGAUCUCUUAAAACAUUUUUGAGAGACUUUUUCAUGCUGAAAAAUAAGUGAUGUAUGUACAUACAAACUGCAUUCCACCUACUGUGUAUCCAGUCCUCGCGUGGAAGGUAUUUUUAUUAAAUAGAACUUGUGACGAAGA